GCAUAUUGUGAUGAAGACAUUUAUAUAGUUGAUAAUGGAUACCAGCCUCAUAUAAGUGAGAUGGUUGAUAUUCUUUAUGAUCUGAAUAGUAGAGCUGAAGCUAUGCGAAUAGGAUAUGAUCUUUUGAGAGCCUAUGCUUAUUAUGGAGAUAUAGAUGGAAAACAACAUCAAAAAGACUUUUUAAUAUUAAUUUUGCUUAAAAUGAACUCAAUUGUAUUAAUACUUCAGAUAUUCCUAGCAGUUCAUUUUCCAUUACCUAAUACAAAUACAGUAGAGGCUAGCAUAUCUUUUGAGGUUACAG